AUGCAUUUGAAUUUCCAAUCUCUUUUGCCUCUAGCUUCAUUGUUAUUGGCUUCUUUUGAUGUUGCUGAAGCCAAGAUUCAUAAGGCCAAAAUUCAAAAACAUAAAUUGGAAGACCAAUUGAAGGAUGUUCCAUUUGCCGAACAUGUGGCUCAACUAGGUGAAAAGUACUUAAAUAGCUUCCAAAGAGCUUACCCUCAAGAAUCUUUCUCUAAGGAUAACGUUGAUGUUUUCGUUGCCCCAGAAGGGUCUCACAGUGUCCCAUUGACCAAUUACUUGAAUGCUCAGUAUUUCACAGAAAUUACUUUGGGUUCGCCACCACAGUCUUUUAAGGUUAUCUUAGACACUGGUUCAUCAAACUUGUGGGUUCCAAGUGCAGAAUGUGGUUCUUUGGCAUGUUUCUUGCACACCAAAUAUGACCAUGAGGCUUCUAGCACUUACAAAGCUAAUGGUUCCGAGUUUGCUAUCCAAUAUGGUUCUGGUUCCCUUGAAGGAUAUGUGUCUCGUGAUUUGUUGACCAUUGGGGAUUUAGUGAUACCUGACCAGGAUUUCGCUGAAGCUACCAGCGAACCAGGUUUGGCAUUUGCCUUUGGUAAAUUCGAUGGUAUUUUGGGGUUGGCUUACGACUCCAUCUCUGUUAACAGAAUCGUUCCACCAGUGUACAACGCUAUCAAAAACAAACUUUUGGAUGACCCAGUGUUUGCCUUUUACUUGGGUGAUUCUGACAAGUCUGAAGAUGGCGGUGAAGCUUCCUUCGGUGGUAUCGAUGAGGAGAAGUACACCGGUGAAAUCACUUGGUUGCCUGUUCGUCGUAAGGCUUACUGGGAAGUCAAGUUUGAAGGUAUCGGUUUGGGUGAAGAAUAUGCUACUUUAGAAGGUCAUGGUGCUGCUAUCGACACCGGUACCUCUUUGAUUGCUUUGCCAAGCGGUUUGGCUGAAAUUUUGAACGCUGAAAUCGGUGCAAAGAAGGGCUGGUCUGGUCAAUACUCCGUUGAUUGUGAAUCUAGAGAUAGUCUACCAGACUUAACUUUGAAUUUCAACGGUUACAACUUCACUAUUACCGCAUACGAUUACACUUUGGAAGUCUCUGGGUCUUGUAUCUCUGCAUUCACUCCAAUGGACUUCCCAGAACCAGUUGGUCCCUUGGCCAUUAUUGGUGAUGCCUUCCUACGUAAAUACUACUCCAUUUAUGAUAUUGGUCAUGAUGCAGUUGGUUUGGCCAAGGCUGCCUAA